AUGAAGUCAUAUAUUUCCUUGUUAUUCAUAUUGUGUGUUAUAUUUAACAAAAAUAUUAUAAAAUGUACAACAGGAAGUGAAAGCGGAAGUGGAGGAGGAAGUCCAGCCGGAAGUGCAGGUGUAAGUGAAAACGGUAGUAGGGGACAAAGAUCAGCAACAAGCCCAGAACAAGGUGAAGAACAAAGUCCAAGCGGUGGUUCAGUACAAAGGCAAGAACAAGGUGCAGGACAAAGUUCAAAUGAAGUUUCAGGAGAUGCUUCAGUACAAAAGACAGUUACUUCAUCAGUAACACCAUCUCCAACCACUCCUUCAGAAAAUAAAAAUUCCAUUUUGGUAAAAUCUGCUUUAUUAAAAGAUUAUAUGGGUGUAAAAGUUACUGGUCCAUGUAACGAAAAUUUUGUUAUGUUCUUAGUUCCUCAUAUAUAUAUUGAAGUUGAUACAGAAGAUACUUAUAUCGAAUUAAGAACAUCAUUGAGAGAAACAGAUAAUUUCUUAUUAUUUGAAUCAAACAGUGGUUCAUUAGAAAAAAAAAAAUAUGUAAAAGAAGAAUCAGAAGGUACAAAUGGAGAAAAAAAUCCAAGUACAGGAACCGUUGAAGCACAAGAUGAAUCAGGUCCGACUACACGUGUAGAUUCAAGUGAAAGUUCCAGUUCAAGAUCAGACUCAAGUGGACGUUCUAAUUCCGGAACAGGCUCAAGUGGAAGUUCAGGUUCAGGAAAUUCAAACAAUGGUCAAGCUGUAUCAAGUAACGAUUCUAACCAAAAUAACAGAAAUUUACAUAAUAUAUGUGCAACAGGAAAAACGUUCAAAUUUGUAGUAUAUAUUAAGGAAAAUACAUUAAUACUUAAAUGGAAAGUAUACGGAAAGGAGGAAAAUAACCAAGUCGAUGUAAGAAAGUAUAUGAUAAAUGAAAAAGAAAGCCCAAUUACUAGUAUACUAAUACAUUCAUACAAAGAACAUAAUGAGACAAACUUAAUAGAAAGUAAAAACUAUGUGUUAAGAUCAGACGUUCCAGAAAAAUGUGAUGCUUUAGCUUCUAACUGCUUUUUAAGUGGUAAUUUUAAUAUUGAAAAAUGCUUUCAAUGCGCCCUUUUAGUAGAACCCGAAAAAAAUAAAGAUGAAUGUUUCAAAUACUUAUCUGAAGAUAUUAGAAAUAAAUUCACCGAAAUAAAAGCUGAGACAGAAGAUGAUGAUGAAGAUGAUUAUACUGAAUAUAAAUUAACCGAAUCUAUUGAUAAUAUAUUAAUAAAAAUGUUUAAAACAAAUGAAAAGAAUGAGAAAUCCGAAUUGAUAAAAUUAGAAGAAGUAGAUGAUAGUUUAAAAUUAGAAUUAAUGAAUUAUUGUAGUUUACUUAAAGAUGUAGAUACAAGUGGUACUUUAGAUAAUUAUGAGAUGGGUAAUGAAAUGGAUAUAUUUAAUAACUUAAAGAGAUUAUUAAUUUAUCAUUCAGAAGAAAAUAUUAAUACAUUAAAAAAUAAAUUCCGUAAUGCAGCUGUAUGUUUAAAAAAUGUUGAUGAUUGGAUUGUAAAUAAGAGAGGUUUAGUAUUACCUGAAUUCAAUUAUGAUUUAGAAUAUUUUAAUGAAGAUUUAUAUAAUGAAAAAAAUUCUGAAGAAGAUAAUAAUAAUAAUAAAGAAAAGGGUGUUAUAAAUGUUAAUAAAAAUGUAGAAAAAGAAAAUUCUUCGUCACAUGAUAAUACCAACAAUAUGUUUUGUAAUAAAGAAUAUUGUAAUAGAUUAAAAGAUGAAAAUAAUUGUAUAUCUAAACUUGAAGUUGAAGAUCAAGGUAAUUGUGAUACUGCAUGGAUUUUUGCUUCAAAAUAUCAUUUAGAAACUAUAAGAUGUAUGAAAGGAUAUGAACCUACUAAAAUUUCUGCUUUAUAUGUAGCUAAUUGUUAUAAAGGUGAACAUAAAGAUAGAUGUGAUGAAGGUUCUAGUCCAAUGGAAUUCUUACAAAUUAUUGAAGAUUAUGGAUUCUUACCAAAAGAAUCAAAUUAUCCAUAUAAUUACGUCAAAGUUGGAGAACAAUGUCCAACAGUACAAGAUUAUUGGGUUAACUUAUGGGAUAAUACAAAAGUUUUAACAGGCAAAAAUGAACCUAAUAGUUUAGAUGGUAAGGGAUAUACUGCAUAUGAAAGUGAAAAGUUUCAGGAUAAUAUGGAGGCAUUUAUUAAUAUUAUAAAAACUGAAGUAAUGAAUAAAGGUUCAGUUAUUGCAUAUAUAAAAGCUGAAAAUGUUAUGGGAUAUGAAUUCAGUGGAAAGAAAGUACAAAACUUAUGUGGUGAUGAUACAGCUGAUCAUGCAGUUAAUAUUGUUGGUUAUGGUAAUUAUAUGAAUAAUGAAGGAGAAAAAAAAUCUUAUUGGAUUGUUAGAAACAGUUGGGGUCCAUAUUGGGGAGAUGAAGGUUAUUUUAAAGUAGAUAUGUAUGGACCAACUCAUUGUCAUUUUAACUUUAUUCACAGUGUUGUUAUAUUCAAUCUUGAUUUACCUAUGAAUAAUAAAACAACUAAAAAAGAAUCAAAAAUAUAUGAUUAUUAUUUAAAGGCUUCUCCAGAUUUUUAUCAUAAUCUUUACUUUAAAAAUUUUCAUGUUGAUAAUAAAAAAUUAUUCUCUGAAAAGGAAGAUAAUGAAAACAACAAAAAAUUAAGUAACAACUAUUUUAUUUUUGGACAAGAUACGGAUGAAUCAGGAGAAAGUGCAGAAGUAAGCAGUGUUCCAUCAGGAUCUGAAGGAGCUGAUCCAAAAGAACCUAAAGUAACUGAUCCAAAAGCAUCUGAAGUAACUGAUCCCAAAGCACCUAAAGUAACUGAUUCAGAUCAAUCCUCAGAACGUGUUCAUGUUUAUCACGUAUUAAAACAUAUAAAGGAUAGCAAAAUAAGAAUGGCUCUACGUAAAUAUAUGGAUACACUAGAAGUAGGUAAAAGACACUCUUGUACAAGAGCCUAUGCAUUUGAUCAAGAUAAUUAUGAAAAGUGUGUUGAAUUCUGUAAUAAGAACUGGAGCACAUGCGAAAAUAAAGCUUCACCAGGACAUUGUUUAUCCAAAUUGGAAACAAACAACGAAUGUUAUUUCUGUUAUGUAUAA